CAAAAUAAUGUGAUUUUGUUUAUUUUUUUGGCGAUAUUUCACAUUGAGAAAUAUUUUAUAUAUUUAAGAAGGAGCUAAAAUGGAUAGGUUUAAGUAUGUCACACCAGUACUCAUGGAGAACGAAAAUACCCUGGCAUGCGAAAAUAAUGUCCGCUUAUACGACGGAGACGUAAAAACACAUUUUGAAGGAGGCGAACUUAUAAUAACCACCCAUAGAUUACUGUGGGGCCCGCCAGGGGCCAUUGCUAAAGGACAAACUUGUCUCGGAUUGACUCAUGAAAUCAUUGUCUAUAUUGAAGAAGAAACUCCUGGUCCAUUUAAUUUCAGAAGAUCUAGAAAAGUCCUUUUGUAUUUAGCAGAGCAUUCUGAUCCAGAUGCAGAAAAACCUGUCCCUUAUAGCACAUACAAUUAUGUGAAACUGUCGUUCAGAGAAGGCUAUAGUAAUGAUGUAGUAGGUAUUUUAAAUAAAUGUGUCCAACUAAAGCGAGAGAGUUUUGUAGUCAUUUCUCAAUCAGAUGAAAAUAAUAAAAAAGAUAGUAGACCCCAAAUUAAACUAAGAAGUGGAAUUGUAGGUAUCGAAAGGGGAUUACAAGAAAAACAGAAGGCUACAGAUGAUAGUCUUACUGAAGCAUUUCAGGAUUUGGAUAAAUUGAUGAGUUUAGCAAAGGAUAUGGUUAGAUUAUCAAGAGUUAUUUCCACUAAAAUUAAGGAGAGACAAGGGGAUAUAACAGAAGAUGAGACAGUAAGAUUUAAAUCAUAUCUUCUGAGUUUGGGUAUAGAUGAUCCAGUUACAAGAGAUUCAUAUAAAUCAAAUAGUCAAUAUUAUAAAGGUCUAGCAAAGGAAAUAUGCGAUUUUUUAGUUACUCAUAUUGAAGAAAUGGGUGGGAUGAUAGGAAUGACGGACGUAUAUUGUAGGAUAAAUAGAGCAAGAGGGCUGGUAUUGUUAUCUCCGGAAGAUAUUUUGAAUGCCUGCAAAAUAAUGGAAGAACUAAAUAUGCCCCUGAAGUUGUACCAGUUUAGUUCAGGCGUUAUGGUUUUACAACUUAAAAGCUUGGACAGUGAAAGCAUUGCAGAAGCUACAUUUAUUUUGGUUGAAGAUAACGGUUCUCUAUCCUCAGAAGAACUGUCUCAAAAGCUGGGAAUUUCAGUUACGUUAGCAAAAGAACGUCUUUUAACAUCAGAAAAAUUUGGCAAGAUUUGUAGGGACGAUUCAAUAGAAGGACUAAGAUUUUAUCCAAAUCUUCUACUGACUAGAGAAUAAUAAGUUAUAUAUCUUAUGGUCUAAAACUAUGCAAUGAUAUACUUUAGUUAGAUGUUAUUGCUAACAGCACAACAAUGGCGUAUGUGCUUUAUUUAGUCUAAAUUACAAUAAAACCAUGUAUUUGGUUUAGUACGAUUUAUUUAUUUACGUGAUAAGAAUUGUAAUAUAAUACCUGAAAUUAUCUGUACAUAAUAUAGUUUAAGAAAAUCAUUAUUAAUAUAAUAAUAUUUAAAUAAUAA